CCGGCGGGCGGCCAGGCUUCGGUCCUCCGUCGCUGACCAUGGGCGCUCGCAGCUUCUCGGCCGCGGCUCGCCUCGGCCUCCCGGCGUCCUGGCUCCCCGCGCUGGCCCUGGCCGCGGUGGCGCUGGGGGCUGUGGCCUGGCACCGGGCGCGGCGCCGGCAGCGGCGACAGCAGGUGGGCACGGUGUCCCAGGUCUGCAUCUACCCGGUCAAGUCCUGCAUGGGGGUGCAGGUGGACGCGGCCGAGUGCACGGCCUUGGGGUUGCGCAGCGGCAGCCUGCGGGACAGGUUUUGGCUUGUGAUCAACAAGGAGGGCAACAUGGUUACUGCUCGCCAAGAGCCUCGCCUGGUCCUGAUUUCCCUGGCCUGUGACGGGGACACUUUGACUCUCAGUGCCAACCACAUGGAGGACCUGCGGCUGCCCGUCGAAACACCUGCCACAAACGCACUGCGAGAGUGCAGAGUACAUGGCCUGGACGUGCAGGGCAGGGACUGUGGAGAGGCAGCAGCGAGGUGGAUAACCAGCUUCUUAGGGACUCGGCCCUACCGCCUGGUGCACUUUGAGCCCCACAUGCGACCGCGGAGUUCUCAGCAAAUCAAAAACGGGUUUCCGCCCACCGACCAGGUUGCCUACUCAGAUGUCAGCCCCUUCUUGGUGCUCUCCGAAGCAUCAUUGGCAGAUCUCAACUCCAGACUGGAGAAGAAAGUGAAGGCAUCUAACUUCCGGCCCAAUAUUGUAAUUACAGGGUGUGAUGUCUUUGCAGAGGAUUCCUGGAACGAGGUUCUUAUUGGGGAUGUGGAGUUGAAGAGGGUGAUGGCUUGUACCAGGUGCAUUCUUACCACAGUGGACCCAGACACAGGUGUCAUGAGCAGGAAGGAGCCACUGGAAACACUGAAGAGUUACCGCCAGUGUGACCCUUCACAAGUAAAGUUAUAUGGAAAGUCGCCCCUCUUUGGACAGUAUUAUGCUCUGGAGAAGCCGGGGACAGUCAAAGUGGGAGACCCCGUGUUCCUGUUGGGCCCGUAG